AUGGAUGAGACUGCAGCUUCCCCUAAGGAGAUAGAGCCUAUCCCUACAGAAUGGGAAUCUCCAGCUGAACCCCUGGAGGCCCUUCCGAUCACCCUUCCGUCUCCACCACGGCUGAAAGUGUCCGCUCAACAUCCGGAAAUGACUGUGGGUUCCAAAAGCCAACCCCAAGUAUAUUACCUGACUCCAUCUCCUACUACAGAGGGUGUCAUUUCUUCGGAGCCCCUAACCCAACCUCGAGAGCCACUUCAAGAAUCUGUAGAUGAGGAGGCAACGGUCCCCAAACCAGCUCAGGAACAGGCUCCGUAUCUAAUAUUACCCAGGGUCACCUUUCAGCCUUUGAAGCUGCAGCUGACUAUAACUCCAGGACCCAGUGUGGAGGCUGAACAUUCUACAGCCCUGAAGACCACAACAACUCUGGACUCUGAGAUUUCACAUCCAGACCAGGUCCAGACUCACCAUGCAGCCCUGCCCAAGGUCACAGUUGCACAUUGGGACCUGGGAAAUACCCCAACUCCAGAACUCAAUAUAGAGGUUGACCAGGCUCCAACCACUCAGGAGACCCCUGUGCAGCUUACAGAGCCAUCUACAGAGGUGGGAGCUCAACCUCCAGUGUUGCAAGAGGUGGCCGUUCCAACGCCAGCUCCACCUCAACCUCCAGUGACACCCAGUGUCACAGAUCAGACCUUGAACCUACCACCUACACCUACCAAUGGUCCAGAACCCACUGCAGAGGCUGAGCAUGCAACCGCCCUGAAAGAACCUACAGGAACGAGUCCAGAUGCAAUUCUGACUCAGCAUCUAAACCCGAGUCCUGCUGUGGAGGUCGAACAUUCUACAGCCCCGAGGAAUGCCAAAACACCACCUCCAGGUGUCCCUGAGGUGACACUUCCACAGGCAGAGCUGGUUCAGGCGCAGCAUCCAAACCUGACUGAAGUCACAGUUCAGGCGUUUGAUAUUCAGCUGGCUUUUCAAUCCAGAAUUGCGGAAGUUGAAUCAUCUCCAGCCCUGCAGAAGACCUCAGCUCAGCCUCCAGAGCCUCCAUUGGAGGUUGUAGCUCCAAUUCAGCAUAUAGUGCCAGUCAGUGUCACAGUUGAAGCUGUGAAGACAGAAAUUUUCAAAAUCCCAGAACCCACCACGUUGGCUGAACAGUCUACAGCCCUGGAGACUACAUCAGCAGCACCUCCAAGGCAUUCUGAGGUGCCACCUACAUAUACAGACCGGAGCCAGACUCAGCAAGUCACAGGCAAUCCUCUCAAUUUAUCUACAGAGGUCAAGCCUACAACUAUUUCGGUUACUCUAACUCGGCCACCAGAGCCAACUAGUGAUAUAGUAACUGUAGCAACAUCAACCGGAGUCACGGGUCAGCCUUCAGAUUCCCGAGUCACGGGUCAGCCUUCAGAGUUGGAGCCUAUCAAAGCUCCAGUCCCUGCUCCAGAGGUUGGCCCUUCUAAAAUCCUGAAGACUACAGCUCCACCUGCAGGGCAGUUUCCAACUUUGUAUCCUGAAGUCAAGGCUGCUGAGUAUGCUACCCGGCUAACUACUUUCAUUGAGUCAAAAGAAAGCACCCCCAACAGCACGGACAUCUGCGAGCUCUGUACCUGCAAAAAUGGAAUGCUGUCAUGUACCAAUCUCAGCCCGUGGCAGAAGCUCCACCAAGUGCCUGUGCCAGGAUCCUUCAGUGCCCACAAUGACACCUUCACCAUCUUAAAUUUCCAAGGGAACGCUAUAUCCUACAUUGACAAAAAUGUAUGGAAAGCAUAUCGCUGGGCUGAGACUUUGAUUCUCAGUGAAAAUUAUUUGACUGAAUUACAUAAGGAUUCAUUUGAAGGCUUGCUAUUCCUGCAGCACUUGUAAGUUGGUUAAGCACAUUUAUUUCUGAGAUUUUAGUUGUUUUCUAUCAAAUGAAUAAGGUGUUUCAAUAAUCUCUAAAGUUUCUUCUAGUAUUAAAAUAACAAUUCUGUAAGUAUGUAUAGGGUCUCAUGCAUUGAAUCCAUACUAUUCAUUUUGUAUUCUUCAAGCAUAAUAGCUGGGUAUUUGGAGGGGUUGGUCAGGGGGAGGAAUGCCAAGGAUUUGGCCAUCUUCCACUGCCUUUCCAGGCAUAUAGCAGGAAUGUAGAUGGAAAGUGGAGCAGUGAACUCAAACCAGGGCCCAACUGGGAUGUUGGCAUGGCAGGGCUGUUUUACCUACUAUACCACAAUGGGCUCCAAAUGCCAUGCAUCUUUAUUAGGCCGAUUAUUGCUACUCUUAGGAAAUAGAUUCUUCUUUCCAAUUUAUACAGCUGAAGGACAGUGGGUAGAAACAGCCUUAUCUGACACUAACAAUAAUCCUUUGAAUGACCAAGCUCUCUAGGCCUGAAGGGGACAAUUGCUUCCAUCUUUUUCUUCUGGACUCCCAAACCUUAUAGACCUGAUCUGGAGAAAAACAGAAGAGAUAAUAACUGUCCAGUACAACAGGCCCUUCCUUGCUUUUAGUGGGAAGUCCUUUGCAAGCUAGUUAUUCUCUGUCGGCAUCUAUAUUGUCAUCCCUUUUUAAAAUGCCAUCAUUUUUCAUAACUGAAAGAGAAUGCUAAGCACUUAGUCUAGUUUGAGGCUCUAAAAUGUGUAAGGCAGGCUUCCUACCCUCCUAGGAGCUGCAAGAUCGCUUGCAGGGGAAACACGCACAGAAAUCAAACAUGAUCCAACAAACAGGUCGAUGACAACACACUGCAGAGGGUCAGUGGAGUAAUGCAACCACAUUCCUUAAACACUAGUGAUUUAGAAAAAAAAAAUUAAAAGAAAAAAAAACUAGUAACUUGUUCCUCCUUCCGUUCACUCACUCCUUAGCUAUUCCUUUAUUUCCUAAGUAUCUGAGUUUGCUUUGUUUCCAUGAGCCAGGUGGAAACAUGGUAAGCAGUGCGCAUGAGCAAGGCCAAGUCCAUGCUUUCAAGGUGUUUAUGCUUUGAAGGAAGGGGAGAGGCAAGGGUAACAAUGUGAAAAAGAAAAGGGCACAGACAUGAUGUGCAAAUUGCUUCUGGAGAACAGAACAGGGAAAAGAGACUCCAAGUUGGAUCAGGGGGCUGUAGCGAGAGUGAUAUUGGUUAAACAGGGCAUCAUUGGAAGGACACUGUGUAGAGCCACUGGGCAUCAUUGGGAGGACAGUGUGGGGCGAUACCCUCAGACCGCAGAAGGAAAGUGAGAGAAGGGCAAAACAUGGGAGAGUGUCUGAGGAACGCCAUGAGUACCUGUGGAGUCCACGGAGGAAAGCCGUAAGGAGUGUGGGGCCACAGCCUCCAGGGCUUUGACUGUCAUGCAAAAGUCACCAGCCAGGAGAGCCACGUGUUCCUGGCAGCGCUCUGAAGCAAAACCGAGCCUGCAUCAACGUCAUCCAGGGGCUUGCAGAACUAGGUUCUGUCUCUACCACCCCAGCCCUGCCGAGUUCCUGAUUGAGUUCUAGAUCCGGGCCGAGAAUUUGCAUCUUCGGUGCCUAAGUGAAGCCAGUGUUUGAGAACCACUUCUGGAGAGUUCCAGAAGAGAGACUAGAGAUGGAGACAGCCACAGUGGGCAGUUGGCAGCCAUGCGGGUGAAAAGUGAGGCAAGCUGGGAUCCAUGUUACUAUGGUCACAAGUGAGUGUUUUCCAACAAGAAUCCAGUUCAUGCUGUUUUCUGUUCUGCUGCCACUGCGCAGCUGAAACAAAUCUGCUUUUACGCAAUGUCAAGACGACGUGAAAUCAGAAAAGAAUUCCUACUAAGGAUAAUAUAAUUCUGAAUUAAUUCAAAAUGAUGAGUUCAUCUGAGGAGUAGCUUCCCUUCAAAUGAUUUGAAAGGUUCUCUGGUUUAUUCUGGAACUGAACUAGUUCCAAAAAGAGAACCACACCAGGCAGGUAUAAAAGUAGAAUAUUCGUCUGAAUAUUAGAAAUUACAGAUAGAGGUACAAACUUUGAUCUCAUUGUCUUGAAUUUGAUGAGACUACUAAAGGUCAUCUGAUCAUAUCUCUUGCUGCCAGGAAAUUUUCCCUUCAGAGUCUUAUCAAGAGCUAUAGCCAUGCUGUAUAUUUUAUUUAUAAAGACCCAGAAGGUGAGACUGUUAGGAGAGGUUAUAAGUUUGAUUAGGAGCUCUGGAAUGUUCAAACAGAUGCCCAAAGGUGUAGUUUAGACAAAAACUGCAUAUUCAACAUUAAGAAAUACAAAUUCUGUUCAUUCCUACUCACUAGAGAUCUAAUAGACAUUUUGCUUUUUCUUUUCCUAGGGAUUUAUCCUAUAAUAAACUAAAAUUUUUUGAAAGGAGUACAUUUGAGUCACUCCUCUUUUUCACAUCAUUGGACUCGCUGAAUCUCCUAAAAGCAAGCCUGAAGAAGACACAGUUCAGCCUCCAGAGCAAGCAGAGGAAAUAUUCGUAGCUUCAGCUCGCCACCACUGGCAACAACACAUGGACUUGCCCAGUAUGGCUGCUAAACCUGAACAUUUACAGAAUAACAUAACAUUGCAAGCAAAUGCAGAAGAUCGGGUUUUAAGAUGGCCGACGUAGGAGGAAGGCUGUGAGG